CCCCACCCCACCCCUACACCUUAUAACAGCCCUAAGCUCCCCAAACCCCUUGGCCAGGUUCGCGACCUGCAAGCAAGUCACCCUUGCAAACUUUCAUCAUGGACAGUUUCUUCAAUAACCCUCUGGGCUUAGUGUCCUACUUUCCCCGGGCGAUCCAGUUCAUCAGCUCCGUGAUCGUCCUCGGAAUCACUGCUUGGGCUGUGCAGGAGACGAAAAAUGUAACGGUCAUUUACAGUUUGGUUAUUUCUGUUGUUACCCUCGUUAUCACCUCCGCGGCGCUUCUUUUCAGCUGUAUGAUCAAGCGCCAGAGAUGGCACAUCUGGCCAAUACUGAUAACUGACGGAGUGAUGUCUUACUUGUGGCUCGUUGCCUUUGUGUUCUUGGCGCAGAAUUUCAAUGCUGUGAACUGCCGUAUCAUCCUCUGGAAUGGGUUGACAGCCUGCAGCCGGAAGUACGCCGCAGAAGCAUUCAGCUUCAUCGCAUUUUUCUGUGCUCUGGUGGCACUCGGGCUCGAUAUAGGAUACAUUUACUCGGCCAAGCCGAAGAUCUCGGCUCCGAUGCAGGAGCGGGGGCGCGAGGAUCAGUUGGGCCAGAACCUGGCGAAUGCCGGGGUGAUGUAGCUUGGUUGUGAGCGCGGUGCCUGUCU